AUGGUUUACACAUAUACACCCACGUACUACACAUCACUGCAAGACUCCAUAACCUCUCUGUGCAAGAGCAUCAUUCCAUUUUCCUUCAAGAAAAGGCGGCUUCCAGCAAUUGCUGCAGCCGAGCAGCAGCUCUCAAAGCAGCAGUCCGAUAAUCUGAAAUGGCAGCAAGAUUCAUUCCACCAAAUACUUAAUCUAAUGGGCCUUUCUAAAGAGGGCAUUCUGGCUGAAACUGAGGUCUCUGCUUUCAGGACACAUCUUCUGGAGACUCUAAUCGCUUCGCCUAUAGAUCACGAGCCAACCGUCAUUUUAAGGGAUAAACUGAUCUUUUUGCAGGAGCUGUUCUAUGCCAAAUGCAUUUCAGAGGAUGAGUACCAUGCUUCGAAACGGCCAUUGUUACAGAGAUUAGCAGUUCAAGGAGCCGAGAUUAAAGCACAAGAUGUCAUAGUGGGGGCACAGAAAGAGACUUCAAAUGAAGACUGGUCGGUUAUCGAUUUGAAGGAUGAGAAAUGCAUGGUCAGUCAAGAGGGCUUAAUGUCGAAGAAAAAAUUGAAUCCGGGUUCAACAAUAAAGCAAAUUAAAGGAGCUGCAUCUGUAUUUGGCUUUGUAUCACCCAUUAAAAAUGGCAAGUUGAAGGAAGAAAAGGAUGAUAACAAUUUGAUGCCAUUACCAAUUGAUCAAAAUGUAAGCACCUCAAGCUUUAUAAGGAAUGAAGUUGGACUUUCUACUGAAAAUCCUUUCUGGAAUAGUAAUUUCACUGAGAAAAAGAGUGAAACGAAGUCCAUUCUCAUGGCAGAGGUCUUGCCAGCAGAUUCUGUAAAUAGUGACAAGCGAAGCAGUGGCAACAAACCCAAAAAGAAACCGUUUAAGACCCUGUUUCAGAGAGAGGGAAGGGCGAAUGGUGGUAAUGAUCAUUAUGGUCCUGAACAUGAGGAAAAAGAAAAGAUGAAAUCAGGCAAGAAGCAAUGGGGAUUUGAUGGAUUCAAGAAAUGGAAGAAAAAUGAUUCUGAGGAUGAAACAGCUCCAUUGUCCCUCAGUGAAAAGUCAGAUGGUGAAAGUUACACUGGGAGGCUCGUCAUGAACCCAACCGCAGAGGGACCAGACACCAAGCAAAUCAAGAGGAAAUUGCAUACUGAUGGUGCACCUACAGAUUUCUUUGUCGAUAAGGUUUUAGGAGAGAAUAUAAAGAAGGAGCUGUCACGAAUCCAAACAGAACUCGGUGCAAAAAAUCAAAAUUUUCAUUUGUCAGAUGAUCAACUUGAAGCAAUCUCAACUAGGCUUCCAGUUGAUAAGGCUGACCUGAAAAAGUUCUUCCCCAAAUCUUGGUGUGAUCGAUAUGGUGAUGUUGUAUUGGAUGUGGUCAGAAAAGAAUUCAAAGAGCAUGUUGGAGAGAUGGGAAAUUCCCGUGUAGUAGCCAAGGAGAAGCACAACUCGAAAAGAUGGACCACAUUUGAUGAUGACGAUGAAAAUUGUCAUCCAAAUCUUUUUGCUCCUCAGGAGCCAGCAACUUUCUCGUCUUCAAAGAUGACUCGUGCAUCUAUUAAUACUAGUAGUAGUAUCGACAAGGGCUUUAAGUAUAAUCCCUUCUUCAAUGUUUAG